AUGAUGCCCGCCCAUGAUCAUACUUCACGAGUGACUUUCUCGGUCCCGACAGUGACGAUUGACCCGGAAACGGGCUACUUCGUGAACAUCGACGAGAUUCGAGAUGUCGAAUAUCCUGCUCUUGCGGAGACGACAUAUCUUGACCAUGCCGGAACGACACUAUAUGCAAAGAGCCUGAUCGACUCUUAUUCGAGAGAACUGACGAGCAAACUAUUCGGAAAUCCACAUUCUGCAUCGGCCUCGUCGCAACUAUCGUCGCGACGGAUUGAUGAUGUACGUUUUCAGGCCUUGCGGUUCUUCAAUGCGGACCCAGGUGAAUUUGACAUAGUAUUUGUUGCAAACGCCACUGCCGCCAUCAAGCUUGUCGGAGAUGCACUUCGAGACCAUCAGUAUGGCUUCAAAUACUGGUACCACGGCGAAUCCCAUACCAGUCUUGUGGGCUUGAGGGAAAUCGCAUCUCGGGGCAGUUCUUGCUUAUCUGAUGACGAGAUGGUGGAAGACUGGUUGACCAGCCUCGAUUGUGCGAGCCCGGCCGCAACAGGGAACGUAUCGUUGUUUGCUUACCCGGCCCAAUCCAACAUGACAGGCCGACGUCUUCCUCUGGAGUGGUGUCGGAGGGUGAACGGACUAAGAUCAUCAUCAGGCCGGCAGAUCUUCACCCUCCUUGAUGCUGCUGCGCUGGUAUCGACAGCUCCGCUGGACUUGUCUGAUACUGCAGCUGUUCCUGACUUUGUUGCUGUGAGCUUCUACAAGAUCUUUGGGUUUCCAGACGUGGGGGCUUUGGUCGUACGGAAGUCAUCCGGGGAGAUCUUGCGGCAGCACAGAUACUUUGGCGGUGGCACCGUGGACUCGGUGACAAUGUUGGGAGCGACAUGGUACGCCAAGAGGGAGUCAUCCUUACAUACUUCUUUGGAGGACGGAACACUGCCCUUCCACAACAUCAUCGCUCUUCAAACGGCCUUUGACGUCCACAGGCGGCUUUAUGGGUCCAUGCGUAACAUCUCGAGGCACACUGCUUUUCUCGCAUCAACGCUACGCAGUCGGCUGCAAAGUCUACAACACGGCAACGGGAGUCAAGUUUGUACCGUAUAUACUGGCAAUUUCUCAACGGAUGACUCCCAGGGACCCGUGAUUGCAUUUAACAUGAGAGACAAGAAGGGCAAGUACGUCAGCAACACCGAAGUGGAAAAGCUUGGAGUGGUGAACAGCGUCCAAUUCCGAACUGGCGGUCUUUGCAACCCUGGAGGAGUGGCAUACCAUCUUGGACUUUCUGCGGAACAGAUGCGACGGAAUCAUGCAAUGGGCCUACGAUGUGGAGGUGAGAAUGACCUCAUUGAUGGUAUGCCCACUGGUGCGAUCCGAAUCAGCCUCGGAGCAAUGAGCAACGUGAAGGAUGUGGAGACCUUUGUCAAUUUCAUCCAAGAGUUCCACGUCGACCCGUGUACCUCUUUGGGACCGCCGGUACCCUGCCUGUCUACAAGGUCGAGACCUUCAUUUUAUGUCGAAAGCCUAUCAGUCUUUCCGGUCAAAAGCUGCGCCGCCUACAAGAUACCCUCCGAUACUCCAUGGGAGGUAGGACCACAAGGACUGGCAUGGGAUCGACAGUGGUGUCUCGUGCACCAAGGAACAAAUGUCGGCCUCAGUCAGAAGAAGUUUCCACGAAUGGCGCUCCUUCGCCCCGAGAUCGAUCUGCCGAACCGUGUACUCAGACUCACUUUCGAGUCCGAGUCUGUAGGCAACACUCGACGUCUCGAAAUCAGCCUUGACGUGUCCCCUGAGACGACAACAUGUAUUGGCCCAUGUGAUGCCACAACCAGAAAAACCUCGACUAUCUGCGGUGAGGAUGUUAUUGUGCGCGUCUAUACCUCUGCCGAAGUGUCAGAGUUCUUCACCGAGGCCUUGGGCGUCCCAUGCACUUUGGCAAGAUAUCCCCAGGACGGCUCCGUACGACAAGCAAAACUGCGUGUCCCUCGUUUAAGAGACGCUACUAACAUGGUGAUCAACUCGGGAUUUGCAACAAGCGGAGGCAAAUCGAUCGCGCUGGCAAACGAAAGUCCUAUUCUCCUCAUCUCGCGGUCAAGCGUGAACAGUCUCAACGAGCAGAUCAAGCUCAACAGCGGCGGGGUUGGUCAAGCGGUUGCUGCCGAAUCCUUUCGUGGCAAUAUCGUCAUUGCUGAGGAACUGCGUGACCGGCGGAUAGAGACCCCCUAUGCCGAGGAGGAAUGGACUAGUAUCCGCAUCGGAAAAGACACUACUGGACGUGAUCAGGACACUGUUGUCAAUGGCGGGCCCGGUCAUGGUCAUACAUUCGAAAUACUUGGUCCUUGCCAGCGAUGUCAGAUGGUCUGUGUGGACCAGAAAAGUGCUCAGCGAAGACAAGAGCCCUUCAGUACUUUGGCGAAAACUCGCCGGAGAGACGGGAGGGUCUGGUUCGGCAUGCACAUGUGCUUGUCUUCCUCCAGCACGAAGACACAACCGGCAUGGAUACAGGUCGGUGAUAGAGUAGCGCCAAUGAUAUGA